GGCUAACGCACACCAAUCCAACAAGGAGAACAAAAAACAAUUAAUCGUGUUUUGAGCUUUUGAUAUCAUCUCGUUCCAGUUAAGUGCGUGAAGAGGCAAUAAUGGUGGCAGUGGAGGUUGUGCCGGCGUCCGCGGAGUCCCCGAUUCCGAUCGAGGCUAAGGCCGCGGUGACGUCGGAGGCGGAGGCGGAGGCCGAGGGCGAAGUGGAGGCGGAGAUGAAGGGUGAUGCGGCAGCUACGGCGGGAGAAACGGAGGAGGAGGAGGAGGAGGAGGAGAAGGUGUACAAGAGCGACCUGAAGAAGCUGGAGAACCUCAUGUCCAAGCUUAACCCCUGCGCGCAGGAGUUCGUGCCGUCGUCGCGCCGCACGGCCCCAGCCGCCGUGGCGGCGGCGAAGCCGGCGGGAGGAAGGGUGCUCUCAGCCGACGCGCCCGUGUUCGUGUCCGCCGCCGAGUACUACGGCGCUGCCGGCGGGCACCUGGAGAUAGGCGGCGGCGGCGGCGGCGGCAAAGUCGUCGUUGGCGGCGGGGGCAGGGACUCCAGCAGCGACGGAUCCAGCAACGGCGGCGGCGGCGGCAGUCGCCACCAACCGAAUCGCCGGAGGAGGAACAGCUUCAACCACGGGAGGCGGAGGGGGGCCGGAGGCCGGCCCCGGCGGGGUGAUAGGGAGGACAGCGUGCGGCGGACCGUCUACGUGUCCGACAUUGAUCAACAUGUGACCGAGCAGAAGCUCGCUGAAGUGUUCUCCAACUGCGGGCGAGUGGUAGAUUGCCGUAUCUGUGGCGACCCCCACUCUGUCCUACGCUUUGCGUUCAUCGAGUUUUCUGACGAUGGUGGCGCAAGAGCGGCGCUAACACUCGCGGGAACCAUACUUGGCUGCUAUCCUGUCAGAGUUUUGCCUUCUAAAACAGCAAUUCUACCUGUCAACCCGAAAUUUCUUCCUCAGACUGAUGAUGAGAAAGAAAUGGUAUCAAGGACUGUAUAUUGUACUAACAUAGACAAGAAGGUUACGGAGGAGGAUGUAAAGGGUUUCUUCCAGCAAGCCUGCGGGAAGGUUUCUCGGCUGAGGCUCCUUACUGACAUAGUACACUCCACAUGCAUUGCUUUUGUUGAGUUUGCUCAGGCUGAAAGUGCAAUUAUGGCAUUAAACUUUAGUGGUAUGGUCCUUGGCUCACUUCCUAUCAGGGUGAGCCCUUCCAAAACUCCAGUCCGUCCACGUUCUCCUCGUGUGAUGUCCAAUUGAUCAGGCUGCUACCAAUAGCAAAUCAUCCUAGGCAGAGCUUAUUGUAGCUAUGAUCGCCCUAGAACCCACUUCACGGAUCAAUGACGUCGUUGUCCUGAGAGUGUCCAAGUCAGUCAUAGGAAACCAACUUGUUGCCAAAUGCUAAUGUUUUUCUGUUUGCCAGAUCCAUGCACCAUUUCCCUUCUUUUUUUCAUUCCCCCUUAUGUUAAUUAUGAACAUAAUUGUUUAUAAUCGCCUUUCUCAGGCAUCAGAAUAAGAAUGAAUAACUCUGGU